AUGCCGAAAGAAAAAGUUUCCUAUGUUAAGGACGAUGAACCAGAUUUUAUUAAGAAGUUUAAACAGAGAGUAGGCUACAAGGAGGGCCCAACAGUAAAUACAAAGCGUGAGAUGCCAGACUUUGAUGACGAUGAAGACAGACCAGACAAUGAGGACGAGAAGCCGGUCGUCGUACAACUGAGGGAGGGGGAUCUAACUGCUGAAGAGGUGGAAAGGCUGCAAAAGACAGAGGAACCCCCAGCUGAUGGUAAGAUCACGUUUAAGAAGCCAGUGAAGAGGAGUGGGGAGGAUCCAACAGAAUUAAAAACUUCUACAAAGAAGAGGAGCGGGGAGGAGGCAUCAGAAUUAAAAACUUCUACAAAGAAGAGGAAAGAGAAGGGAGAGAAGAAGAAAUCAGGGAAAGGUGUCAAGAACUCGACUCUGUUGUCAUUUAACGAAGAGGAAGAGGAUGUCACAUGACACAUGUCAGAAGAUGUCACAUGACACACAUCAUGUCAUAGGAUGUCACAUGACACAUGUCAUAGGAUGUCACAUGUUACAGAAUGU